AAACAAACUGGUGGUGUUUUUGUAAAUAUCGUUUUUGGGUAGUUCCAAAUAUGUGUGUAUUCUCUCCAGGUGAGUUUUUAAUGCUGAUCAAUGUAGGUGUAUAAGUGUCAACAAUUAUGGAUAUACUUAGUCAGGUUGCCGGAAUAAAAAUCAAACAAAACCUCAAGGAAAUGGAAUAUGAUGAAUCACCGACGAUGCAGUCCAACUCCUCGUCAAGUCUGGAGGACCAACAUGUAUGCGAAGUACCUGAUAGUUACACGGACUUGAGAAGCGUCACAACCGUCCUGUACUACUGUAAGAGGAAAAUUCUCAACCCGUACAUGCGGUUUUUGGGCUUCAUGGGCAUACGACCUCUAUGCGAAUCUCAGGAUUCCUGUACUUGUUUAAAACUGAUUCUCACCCGCUCAUAUACAGUGCUGAUCAUAUCUCUAUUGAUCGUCGGAUAUCUCCUGCAAUAUAUGGCUUGCUUUCGAAGAGAGAGGGGAUUUUGCUACGUGACUAGAACUGGAAGGCUGACACUAUCGAGAGAAAUUGAUGAUGUCUACGAUAGAUCCUGCUACGGAUCCGUAGCGUUUAGUUCAAUUUUGCCGAGCUUGAUGCAUCUGGUAGCUUACCUCCAUAUGGUGUAUGUUUUUCGAAGCACCGAUGACGAGUAUCUGCCCAUCUUGAUGGAAAAAGUCUUCGUGAUCUCUACAAAUCUAUCAGCUGGUACCAUGAGCCAGAAGAGGCUAGUGAAAAUGCUGUGGGUAUUCGUUAUAUUCAGCAUAGUUUGGAUGAGUUUAUCCAUAUUCGCAGUGAUUUGUAUGAUGUGUGAUGGAGAUAUUCAUUUCAAAUGGAUGAUGAGAUCAUCACUACCCCUAAUUUUCAUGAAGAUUUUGUUGGUUUCCUGCACUUUGGGACAUGAUGUAGUACAAGCUACAGUUAUAUCAAACUAUUGCUUGCAAGCUCAACUUUUAACUUCUUACGUGCAGUUUCUUAGGGAAAAACUGCUGCAGUUUCCAGUUAUUCCGUUGGAGUGGAUGAGAGAUAUAGAAGAUUUUAAAAAACUUCUGAACUACUUCAACCAUAAUAUAGCACCACCUGCCUGUUUACUAGUUGUGGUCGAUAUAUCUUUUGCAGUGUCUGGUAUAAUAUGGAUCCUAGGAUUUGAUCAUAUAGACACCGAAACACUGCCAAUCUUUGGCUUGAGCAUACUUAACAUCAUUUUAUGGAUUUUUAUGGCUUCUGUACCCUUUGUUCAGGCUGCUAGAUUGUCCAAUUCUUGUGAAGUUCUCAAAACAGUCGGACAAGAAGCAAGAACUCGACCUUACGUUCACCAAAAUACGCCAACCACGGAACUGGACUCAGUGUUGUUGUAUACUAGCAGUUUGCAAAUUAGUGCCAAACUAUUUUAUAUUCCGAUAACCCUCAGAAAGCUUUGCUUCUGUUUGACUGUGUCAUCGAUAGUUAUCUUAAUUUUAGGACAGUGUCAUUAUCUAAUCUCCAAGUGAUCAACUAGUCAAAUAAAUUGAAAGACUUUUUUAAAA